AAUGCAGCUGUCAUGAAACCAAAACAAAAGCGAUAGCCCUGCUCCGAUAGUGCUCUCCAAACCAAGACGCACGCGAAUUCCUAUGCAGUGAAGAAGGACUCGCAUAGACUAUAAAAGUGCAAUUAGUGUGUAUCGUUUGAAUGUACGGUGUGUAAGUGUGUAAAUUACCAUGUUUGGUUUCAACAAACCAGCGGCGCCAGCGAAGCGUGAACGCAAGCGAGAUCCUGCGGAGUUUGGAAUAUUCGGCCUGACGAACGAUAUCGCUGGCCUAGGAGAUGAUGCGGACGAUGGAAGUGAUCCGGACGAUGAGGAUUUGGAAGCAGAGCUGGCCGCAAUUACAGCCGGAAUGGGAGGCGCUCGGAAGGCGAAGCCGAAACCCAAAGCGAAAGGAAUUGUAGCACCCCAAGAGUUGGAUGCGAUGGUUGCAGCUAGCCUGCGAGACGUUGGCAGCGAUGACGAUGCAUCCGAUGAUGAUGAUGAUUCAGACUUGCUGGAUGAACUAUCAGCGAUAACCGGGACUGCUGCGCCGGAUGAAGACGAUGGAGCAAACGAGGAAGCUGCUAAAUCGAAGCCUCCCGUACCCCCACCGAGGAAAAGUUCCACCAGCGGCGAUUUGGUAUCACUGCUGAAAUCCCGCAUCGCAAUGUACACGCAAGCGGAGGAGGGAGCCAAGACGUCGGGCGAUUCGGGAAAAGCGCGGAGAUUUAACCGAGGACUGAAGACUCUUAAAGACCAGCUGAAAAUGGCCGAAGCAGGGAAAGCAGUGGAUCAGAGUGAAAUCCCUCCAGAAGUAAGCGUAAAAUUAGCAGCGCCACCGAAAGAACCUACGGAUGAACCACCAAAACAACCAAUUUCUGCACCUGCCCGUCCGGCACCUCCUCCGCCUAUUGCUUCUCCGGCCGCAGAUGAACCAGGACCUUCCCGAUCUGCACCACCGGUUCCGCCGAGGGGUGAAGCAAAACCACCAACUACACCUGCACCGGUGCUGCAAGAAAGGGCAGCAGCAGCGCCAUCGAACCCCAAGCUAAGCCUGCUGAACGAACGAAAGCAACUGUACAAGCAAGCAGCACUGAACGCGAAAAAAGUGGGAAACAACGAACAGGCAAUGGCGUACGUUAAGGUUCUGAAACAGUUCGAUGUGGUGAUUCGGGCCAUGGAGAACGGGGAGGAGGUCGAUCUGAGUCGAAUGCCACCGCCACCGAGCGAGCUUAGCAUGGCACAGUCCAGCUCACCGUCAGUGCCUUCCGUUAGCAAACCGAAAGAGGAAGCGAAAGUUCAGAAAGAAGCGGAACUGCCUUCUCCCGCACCGUCGUCUUCCGAGCAACCGGCCGCUGAGGAGGAGGAGGAGGAGGAAGAGGAAAAUUUAAUCGAAGCCACCACUGUGCUAGAGGCGCUGGAGCAGCGGUUGGAGAAGUAUAAAUCCGUCGAACAGGCGGCAAAAGACGAGGGUAACAGCUCAAAAGCCCGUCGAAUGGGACGCAUUGUGAAGCAGUAUCAGGAUGCGAUAAAGAUGCAUAAGGCUGGCAAACCGAUUCCGAUCGAUGAACUGCCCACACCACCGGGCUAUGGGCCAAUUCCGGUCGACGGGCCUCCGAAGCCAGCGGCACCGCCAGCGCCCAAGAAACCGGCCCCAGCCGUACCGCUGAAACCACAAGCUACUUCCCCAGCCGUGCCGAUCGCUGAGCCAAUCCCGGGAACUAGUAAAAGCUCUCCCAAACCGGCCGUCACCCAGUUCGAUAAGCAGUUGAACAUUUUGCUGGAACGUCAUCGUGAAUAUAAACAGGCGGCCAUUGAGGCGAAAAAGGCAGGCGAUCUCGACGAAGCGAAGGAAUGUUUGCGGGUGUUCAAGGGGCUGGAAAAGCUAAUAGAGGUUGCCCGUGCGGGUGGAAGAGUCGAUCUGACCACAAUCCCGAUUGCACCGUCGAAGCGAAACGCCCUCGAAGCAUCCUUUACCAUCGUCAACACGGAGGACUGUGAUCAGGUGGGAACCGAUACGGGCGGGGCGGCGGGUGCGGUUGAAGGUGUUGAUAGCGAGACGCGCAUACGGCUCGAGGAGCAGCUGUCGAAGCAGCUGAUUAUCUGUCGGAACACGCGUGACCAUCAUCGAGCCAUGGGAGACAUUGCGGGGACGAACAAGUUUGAAAAUCUCGCACUCAACGUCCAGAAGGAUCUCGAUCUGGUCCGGUUGGGCCAUCGGCAGGGCUUGCCACUGCCAAAGUUUCACUACGAAAAGCUGCAAUUCAAUGUGGUAAAGUGCCACACGGAUCUGUCGGAUAAUGAGGUGGAGAUACGGGUGGUAAGGGGAAUCAAUUACAACGUGCCCAAUCCGAAGGAUGUAGAUACGUACGUGAAGUUCGAGUUUCCCUAUCCACAGGAAGAUCCGCUGAAGGGAAAGACGAACCUAGUGAAAGAUACUCACAGUCCUGAGUACAACUACCAGCAAACGUUUGAAAUUCAGCGUAGCCAGCGCAACUGUCAUCGUAUCUUCAAGCGACACGCACUGAAAUGUGAAGUCUAUUCCAAAGGCUGCUGCUGUCACGGUGCAUCAACUGGACUUUUCUCCUGUUUCAGUGGGUUCCUUCGCUCGGACGUGCUGAUCGGUACGGUGACGGUGAAGCUGCAGCCGCUGGAGACGCAGAUUGAAAUCCACGACUCAUUUCCGCUAAUGGACGGGCGGCGCACAGUCGGCGGCAAGCUCGAGGUCAAAAUACGCGUUCGUAACCCAAUCCUGACGAAGCAAAUCGAGCAGAUUAACGAACGUUGGGUGGUGCUCGAUUCAUAGGCACACACUUCCGGGCUCGACGAAUGACUUCCGUUACGGGGCGGCGGGAGACACACACACAUCGGCAUAGAUUUGGAUAGGGACGGUGGAUUUGUGGAUGAAUGUUGCCUAGAGACGGGCAGCCCUGUGCACAGGAACACAGGUAUCCAAAAUGCAACAACGAAACGUUUUGUGCAACGGAUGGUGCGAAAUGUAGUUGAAUAAAUUAAAUGAGAACUCUGCGAAACGAACCGGCACGUGUUGUUGAACGGACCGGCAUGCCAGACCAAGCCGAGUCGGUCGAUGUUAGAAUGUGAUAUUAAGGACAACCUGCUGGUAACACGGGGUCAACGGGGUGGAACGAUGCGUGCGCUGUCUGUAUGGGUGAGCUAGGACACGAGAGAGCGUGUGCGUUGGAAUCAAUUUUAUGAACCGUACUCUCAACUGGUGUUACGCUCGCAUGAAUUACUGCUGAGAAGGGGUUGUUCUGGCACGGUUUUAGAACGGUUUGUAGUAUGUCGCGAAAUAUAAAGUCCAGCCCGUUAAUCUGACUCUAUGUACACGGUAGUGCAUGUCACCCAGUGCAGAAGAUAAUGAAACAAACACGCUUAAUAUCCAAUUCCUAGUUACGUAACAAACUUCAAAGAAGGUAAAGCACGUGCAAAAUUUCUAAACUAAACCACACAAACACACGCAAAAGAGAGUCUCGUUAAACAUCUGCGGUGGCAGAAUAAUUAUAAUCAUUUGUGCUGUUGUGCUAUUGUUUUGCAUCGUGUUGUAAUGGAAAUUAAAAUGCUGGGUAAUUUCGUAACGGAUGGAUACAAAAAGGCUAGGUCUUUUCCAUAUAGUGAGAAAUUAAAGAGUGUGGGCUUUCAGUUGCAAACCAACCUUUAUGGGAAAUUAAUAAUAAAUAAAUAAUUAAAUUAUGUAAA